CUGUGGUAAAUGGCUGCCAGGAAAGAUGAACGGAUGGGCCGCGUCUUCUCGCUGUGAAGCACACCCAUCUGGAGGACCGUUAUCUCGGGUGGUGCCGAGUUAAAAUGGUCGAUACACGACCAACCAGCCACCCAGAAUCAGUUUUUCAUACUUGUGAACAUCGACCUUGAAGCAGCACCCACUAUCAACUUCUCAUCUUAGAGGUCAGUUCUGCCUGCCGAUCAGUGUUUCACCUGAGGCCAUGGCAGUGAAGGACCGAGUAGAAGCGGUUCUCAACGUGGGUCUGCGUGUUCCCAGCAUCAUGCUGCUCGACGUCCUGUACCGCUGGGAUGUCAGCUCCUUCUUCCAGAAGAUCCAGCGCUCCAGCCUUUCCAACAACCCUCUGUUUCAGUACAAAUACCUGGCACUCUACCUGCACUACGUAGGUUACAUCCUGAGCCUGGUGCUUCUGACUCUGCCUCGUCAGCACCUGGUUAAGCUCUACUUGUAUGUUCUGACGGCCCUGCUGCUUUUUGCUGGUCACCAAGUUUCCAGGGAUUAUGUUCGCAGUGAACUGGAUUCAGGCUAUGAAGGACCCGUCUACCUGGAACCGCUUUCCAUGAACAGAUUCACCACUGCACUCAUAGGUCAGCUUGUGGUGUGCACUCUGUGUUCCUGUGUGAUGCAGACCAAGAGGAUCUGGCUUUUUUCUGCGCACCUCCUGCCACUGGUGGCCAGGCUGUGUCUGGUUCCUCUGGAGACCAUCGUCUUCAUCAAUAGAUUUUCAAUGAUCUUCACAGGCCUGGAGGUCAUUUACUUCCUAGCUUCUAAUUUACUGGUACCAUAUAACCUGGCCAAGACUGCCUACAGGGAACUCGCUCAGGUGGUAGAGGUGUACGGGUUGCUAGCUUUAGGGAUGUCCCUGUGGAACCAGCUGGUUCUUCCAGUUCUCUUUAUGUGUUUCUGGCUCGUGCUGUUCGCUCUUCAGAUCUACACCUACUUCAGCACCAGAGACCAGCCUACCUCGAGGGAGAGGCUUCUCUUUCUCUUUCUUACAAGUAUUGCAGAAUGUUGUAGUACGCCAUACUCUCUGCUGGGUCUGGUUUUCACCGUCUCAUUCAUCGCGCUGGGAGUUCUCACGCUUUGCAAGUUCUACUUGCAGGGCUACAGAGCCUUCGUCAAUGACAACGCCAUGCACAGAGGGAUGACUGAAGGCAUAACGCUGCUUAUCCUGGCUGUGCAAACCGGCUUGAUAGAGCUGCAGGUCAUCCACCGAGCCUUCCUCCUCUCCAUCAUCCUCUUCAUUGUUGUUGCUUCCAUUCUGCAGUCCAUGCUGGAGAUCGCUGACCCCAUCGUUUUGGCUCUGGGAGCCUCCAGAGACAAGAGUUUGUGGAAACACUUCCGCGCAGUAUCUCUUUGCCUCUUCCUGCUCAUCUUUCCAGCUUACAUGUCAUAUAUGAUCUGUCAGUUCUUCCACAUGGACUUCUGGCUCCUCAUCAUCAUCUCCUCAUCAAUCCUUACCUCACUUCAGGUUCUCGGUACGCUGCUGAUCUACGUUCUCUUCAUGGUGGAGGAGUUUCGUAAAGCUCCAGUGGAAAACAUGGAUGAGGUCAUUUACUGUGUCAAUGGGACCUAUAGAUUGCUGGAGUUUCUGGUCGCAGUGUGUGUGGUGUGCUAUGGCAUAUCAGAGACUGUGUUUGGCGAGUGGAGUGUGAUGGGCAGCACCAUUAUUCUGGUCCACUCCUACUAUAAUGUUUGGCUCCGAGCCCAGCUGGGCUGGCAGAGCUUCCUGCUCAGGAGAGACGCUGUAAACAAGAUCAAAAGCCUCCCAACUGCAACCGAUACGCAGCUGGAGCAGUACAACGACAUCUGUGCCAUCUGCUUCCAGGACAUGAGCAGCGCUGUGAUCACUCCAUGCAGCCAUUUCUUUCACGCUGGCUGUCUGAAGAAGUGGCUGUACGUCCAGGAGACUUGUCCUCUUUGUCACGCGCAGCUUAAGAGCCAAUCAGCUGCCAGCGGAGUCCCCAACCAAGAUGCCGCCACAGCCGAUCCGAUCCCUGCUGGACAGGACGGAGUUGCUGCUGGCGAUGAGGAGAAGGAUUCUCCUUCUGAUGAUGUGAAAGAUGAGAGAGGUGAUGGGUCCUCCUCUGCCUCCUGCAUGCACUCUGCUCCUCUGCACCUUGUCAGGCCAUCAUCCUCUUCCUCACCUCUGACUGAUUCCAUGAAGAACCAGUUGGAAACAGAUCAUCCAUCUACAUCCUCCUGCUCUACCUCUGACACGCCUGACAGACCCGCUACUCUUCGAUUUCGCUCCCACGCAGUUUCCCCCUCCAUUCGACACUCCGCCUCCUCCCCACAGAUACUGACCCCUGUUGACCUCCAGGAGAUCCACUGAUUCAACAUGGCCGCCCCGAACAGCCCAGCUGCCAUUCUGAGGAAGUUCCUCCUCCUUCAUGCUCAUACAGAACUCCAUCGCCGCACACAUGCAACAUGCACGCAUGUACUUAGCAGCAGCAGCAUCCCCACACUCCGCUUCCUUUAUUGUUCCCUGAAAUCCAACUUCCUCAUAUCCAGGGUUCCUACAGUUUGAAUAAAUAAGAUUUGAGUUUACAGUUUGUCACUUUACAGCAGCAUCUAUCUAAAAAUGACAAGGGUUUUGGAAAAUAUUAUUUCCAGGCUUUAACCCUAACAAAUAAAGCUGGCCCAAACAGAGUCUUAGUUUACUUCUUCUAUUUGACACUAUUUUACACAACAUCAGCUAUUUCUUCAUCUACCACAAGUUGGAAAUGUAAAUAUCUUGGAAAUAUGGGCAUGUAUGCAAAUAUAAUCUAAAUGUUACUGAGAUAAUAGGGCAGAUAAAGUGAGUUUCUGGACCAUAAGCUGAUUAAGAAAACACCAGAGGAAAUGUUCACUUCUACUCUAUUUAGUUCCUAACUUCCAUUAUUUGGGUUGCAGUUUAUUUAAAGCAUUCGAUGUAAACUUAGACUGAAGUAGUUUACUAGUACCAUGAAUGGGAGACACUGACUUAAAUUAAAAUGUUAUAUUGAUAUUUAGGGGUAUUUUUCUCACAGCACUCUUAAAGCUGAUGGUAAAAGAAAGUAUUUAAAGUUGUUUUGGCAAAAGUGUUGUUAAUGCAUACAGCCAGGAACCCAAAAACAAAAACGCUACUAUAGACUUGCCUAUAAUCGAAUGCGUUUCUAUAGAACAAUACUUCCUUUAAGUUUGCUUUUGUACUGCUACUCAUCACACAAUAUUUUCAUUCGAAUAUAUUUUUAAAUAUGUAGAUGUAUAUUGAUGUCCCUCACUAAUUUAUACAUUAAAAAUAGGACAAAGAUCAAAUUUCAAAAAGAAUGAACUUCUGAACUGCCUAGGAACCCUGCAUAUCUGAUUCUGAGAGGAAGAUGAACUCAGUUUGUAAGCCUGUAUUCAUUAUUCAGAUCUUAAAAUAUAAAUGACUGGUUAGAUAUAUUUUAACAAAAUUUUCAUACUUUAUCUUGAAACUAUUACCUUAAUUUCUCCCCUUUAACUCAUGUAUUUUUUUAACUUCAUUUUUUCAAGAGUGUUGCAGUGAUCCAUCUCAGAAAUAGUUUCAGCUUCUGCAUCCUGUUUACAAAAUGUGAAAUCCAUUAGUAUAAGUUUUCUGUAUUUAAUUUCUUCAUCAGCAAAAUCGUACUGUUGGACUUCCUCACAGUCGUCACAUUUUCUGGUUUCGUCCUCCCUGCCUUCCUCUCAUCGCUGUACAUGUUAGGUUUAUCUAAUGUCCUUUACGUGCCAUGACAUGUAGACGUGAUCAGAGGCCGAGACAGCUACGAAUGACAAUGGAUAACUUAUGGUUACAUUUUAAACUGUGACAGUCUUAACAUUUCAUAAACAAGUUUUUUUUUCUUUUCUUUCUGUGACAUUUUUUUAACGCCUGGGAGACGGUGGCUGUGAGUAUUGGUAAAAACAAAGAGUUAACAGAUACUGAAUGUCGUUUCUUGUGGCCGUCACAUGACCCGAAGCCUGGUGCUAAGCAGAGGACGUGUGAUGUGGUCUAGCCGUUUGUUUCCAUGUGAACUAAUCAGUGGCUUCACAUGGGAUGUCGAAUUAAUUUUGUACGUCGGAGCUUUUGCUACAACACCUCUUCAAUAUUUGAAUCAAAUUUGCAUGGCUGGUCCCAGCAAAGAGCAUCUCUGUUCCUCUUCGCCAAAGUUUUGCAUCCCUGAUAGUAUUAUUAUUAUUAUUAUUAUUAUUAUGGUCAAUUUUACAUCAUAUUAUUGGACAGUGCAAUGCACCGUGGAGAUGGA